AUGCCAGUCGGGCGUGAUCGCUCAAACAGGAUGGACGCUAGUCAAUUUUUCCGGGGUGCGGCGGCGUGGCAGCGCACUGUGGCUCCGGACAGCUCAGCGGACGAACGUCUUGCCCGCAGUCAGCUUCCGACCGCGCUCGGGUUAGUGCGUCUCAGAUUAAUACAAGGCUUCAAGCUGUUCCCAAGUGUGGCGAAAGUUCACAAGGAGUGCACGCGCGCGCCGAGCAACGGCCGGCCGGGCCCCUCCGCGACGGCCUCGGCCUCGUCUACCGUCAAUAUUCCUUGCCGAUUAAGCAGUCAGAGAAAUAUGUUCGGGGACAACCGUGGAGGAGCGAAAUCAGUCGGGGCUAAUUUAGGAGUACCGAAACCAGUAGUAGCUAAGCCACGAUUGGUGAAACCAGGAGUGGUUAACCCAGGAACUGCAAAGCCAGGAUUGGUGAAACCAGGAGUGGUUAACCCAGGAACUGCAAAGCCAGGAUUGGUGAAACCAGGAUUGGUUAACCCAGGAGCUGCAAGGCCAGGUGUUGCUAAUACAUCAGGGGCUUUUCGAGGAGGAACUAAACCAGUUGCAGUCAGGCCAGACACAAGUUAUCCAGGACCGCCUAAGUUAGGAGUGCCUAGGAUAGUGGAGCCUAAGGCUGUGAUCUGUUCCACAGAUUCCGAAAUACCUAAGCCGAGUAUAGCAAGGCCGGGAGAAGUUAAACCAGGAAUUCCUAAGGUAAUAAUAGAUAAGCCGGGAGUAGUUAAGCCAGGAAUACCUAAGCAGGAAAUACUUAAGCCGGCAAUAAAUAAGCCAGGAGUACCUAAGCCGGCAAUAAAUAAGCCAGGAGUACCUAAGCCGGGAAUACCUAAGCCGGGCAUACCUAAGCCGGGAAUACCUAAGCAGGGAGUACUUGAUCCGGGAGUAGCUAAGCCGGAAGCAGCUAAAGCAGGAGUAACUAAGCCAGAAAUUACUAAACCAGGAGUAGCUAAUCCAGGAUUAAAUAAGCUUGAAGAAAUUAAACCUAUAGAAACUAAACUCGCAGGGCCUACAUCAGGAGGAGCGAAACCCGGAGCAGUAAAUUUAGGAGGGCCUAAGCCGGGAGGAGCUAACCUAGAUAAAACAAAUCCAGGAGGAGUUAUUAAUAAGGCAUUUAAUCCAGAAGGGGCUACUUCAGAAGAUUCUACACCAGGUGAGGCUAAACCAAAAAAUUCUAAGCUAGAAGAGUCUCAGCCAGGAGCUUCUAGGCCAGGAGUAACUAAGCAGGGGCCAUCUAGGCUAGAAGCAGCCAAACUAACUGCAUCUAGGAUAGUAGGUAUAAGAUUUUUAGGAGGGGGUAAACCGUCUGAGACAAAGACAGGGACGGCAAAAUUAGAAGGAGCUAAAUCAGAAGAAGGUCAGCCUGAUACUAAAGCAACAGAAGAUAAGCCAGGAGGGUCAAAUUUCGGAGGAGCUAGGCCAAAAGAAGUUAAGCCUUCAGAGGCUAAGCAAGGAGUAGCUAAGACAAGGGUGAAGAAACCUGCAAAGUCGGAAUCCGGGGCACGAGGUAGAAUAAGAAGGGCAUUUUACAGAAUGGCCGCUUUAAUAUCAAAAGUUAAAUUCGCAGUAACCUCUCCUCCGUCUCUGGAGAAUAAUCCAAUUACACAGUACUUCGAAAUCGGGAAGGAGGCUGCAACUGCUGGUUCCGGACUGAUGUGGAAAGUACAUGAUGCUUAUAGGAAAAGCGAUGGCAAGGAAUGUUCGGUGUUUAUAUUCGAUAAGCGCGCCUCUGAAAAGCUCUUUAAGCCGAAACGCAGGGAGUGCAUGCUCCGGCGUAUACGCAGCUGCGUCGACCAACUCGAGAAGUUGCGCCAUCCCAGGAUGCUGCAGAUAAUCCACGCCCUGGAAGAAGGCACCAACACCUUCGCCUUUGCUUCUGAGUCAGUACUUGGUAGCCUGCACAACAUCCUGUCUUGGCAUGAGUCAUCGCCUGUGCUUCCGGGCGGUCAGGCUCCGAUAAUGCCCCACCCAAUGUCGUUGGGACCACCAAGUUCGCACAGCUUCCUGAAUCCGGCGCCUCAGCCGCAAACCCCACCGUUUGCCAAGGAGUAUUACUUCAUUGACAUCGAGUUGCGUUAUGGCUUCCUCCAGAUCAUCGAAGCCCUGCACUACUUGCACUACACCAUACGCCAGGUCCACCGCAACGUGUGCCCACAGGCUAUAAUUGUCACCAAGCGCGGCACAUGGAAACUCUUCGGUCUCGAGUUUGUCGAAAACAUGAUCACCUCGGAUCCAACCGAGUUAAUACCAGUGGCGCCAUGGUCAAUAAAAAUUGCCAAGUUCUGCCAGCCUAGUCUCGAUUUCUUGGCUCCGGAAGUCCAAACCAACGCGCACUGCAACAUCCUUUCGGACAUGUUCUCUUUGGGCCUGGUUAUAUGCGCAGUGUUCAACGGUGGGAAACCUCUGCUGCAGGCGAACAACAACCCUAUGCUCUACAUGAAACAGAUUGAAUUCCUCGACCAUCAAGUCAAUGCGGUACUUCCCCGCGUGCCGGCCGCUCUGCAGGAAGCCGUGCAGCGCCUGUUAUCGCUAGAUCCGCAUCCGCGUCCGACAACACAAUUGUUGCCGUUGAUAAAAUAUUUCAAAUGCCAGAGCGAGCCGGCAAUACAAGCCAUGCAGUUCUUGGACGUGAUAACUGUAAAGGAUGCGAACCAAAGGACAAACUUCUAUAGUGCCAUGCUGAUCGAUGCGUUGCCGUACAUACCUAAGAAGUUACGUUGGCAACACGUUUGGCCUGUACUGCAACUAGAAGUUAGGACAGCUGAGGUCCUCGCUGCCGUACUGCAACCCAUCAUAUGGCUCACAAACGAGGCCUCACAGGAAGAGUUCUCGCACUUCGUGCUACCAACGCUCAAUUAUAUCCGCAGGAAUCUUAUAAAUUCCCCGAAGUGCGUACAAGCAUCGGUGAUGAUCCUAGAGAAUUUGCACGUUAUACUGAAGAAGUGCCAACCGGACGAAGUCCAAAGUGAGGUCAUGCCAUUGCUAUUCAACGCGUUGGAUAGCAACACCAAUCAGGUUCAGACGGCUUCGCUCAUCGCCAUUCAAAACGUAUCGGAUAGCAUUGAAGACAAACAUCUGCACAACAUUGUCCUCGGCAAAGUCAAAAUUUUGCUAGAGAAGAACCAGAGUGACGUGAAAAUAAUCAGUUUGGUGCUCGGAUUCUUCGAAAAAGUGCUAACUAGACUGGAGCGCAACCACAUUCUGGAGCACGUCAUUCCCACUCUGCUGGCCAUGCGUUUGACCGACCCAGAUAUUAUUAACCGGGUUGUUAAGCUGUAUAAGACCAUCCUCGCGGAGCAGAAAUUUGGAUUGACCACCAACGUGAUGGCUACAAGAAUGAUUCCCGCACUCGCCCCUCAAACGGUCAAUCCUUCUUUGAAUGCUGAUCAGUUUGCCAACCUCAUGGAGAUUCUGUACGACAUGCUGGAAAACAUCGACAAGAGUCAACGCCUAAGAAUGAAAGCAGAAGGCCUGGCUGUGCCGAGCCCUGAGCGCCAUCGUGCUCUGCGCCACCAAAUGAGCAAUGAUAAUGUAACCGCUCCGCCAUUCAAUAUUCCAAACCUGCGAGUGGAGCAACGCAAGACGUCAAGCGCCGAGGACAUGGCACGCAAGAACUCAGUCACUGGCCAAAGCAACAUAGGCGGCAGCAUUGGCGCCUUCAAAAGCAAAUUCUCGCUCGGUACGGGGAUCGGGCAAUGGUUCUUUGGUUCGAGCAACUCCGCUAACAAUGAUAGUAACUUUUUGCGCGUGGGGAAUGCUUUCCCUAAUCGUCGCCUGUCCGACAAUACUCUCAUGACCCCUAAGAUUCGAAUUGCUCCAUCCUGCGCCUCGUCCCCCGGCGGGACCCCUGGGGGUAACGCGGGCUUGCCAACGCGUCGCCAUUCAAGCAUUGGUCCUCAGGAACGUCGAGGCUCAGCCGUUAAUCUAUCGCCUCCAACCGGGGGAUCUAUGCCGAACACGUCAUCGAGUGUUCCCUUCUUGCUGACGUCGUCGAUGCAGUCGAUCCGCUCGCGUCGGCCGUCUGCGGUCCUCGGCGGCUCCCAGGGGUCGGGGAUACUGCAGCAGCUGAGCAGCGGAAUGGUAAGGCACCUACCGAUGGGAGCUCACAACAGCAUGCAGGCGCACCUGCAUGCGCCGCUGGGCGCCAUACAAAACGCGGCGGCCGCCGGCUACAAUGUGGUGAAGAAAUGCCCCUCACUUAGCAUUACGAUCAACCCACCAGCUGUUUACUGGGCGUUCGUAAACAGGGAAAUGAUUGUCAUUUGGGCGGGUAGCGUAGCAUCCGGCGGCCCGGGGAAGAGGCGGCCCAGCGACACUUGCCGCUCCGUCCGCCCGUGCAUCGCGCCGCUCCCGCAACCAUCCGCUUCCGUUACAUUCUUACCCCCGGACAUUCCACAUCAUCAAUUGCCGCAAUAUGGCAGCCUGCGGAAAGACUUGGCGUACAGCGCGUCU